GGAAGACAUCGAAUCCUACAUCAGCUCCAUGAGGGCAUAUUUCGAGAUUUUGGAGACUCGACCUGAGAACCAGUUUGUGAUCAUGGGAAUGAAUGUCGAGCCAGUCGUUCGGGGCUUCUUAGAGGUCCAAGCUACACGAGCUGGGAUUCCUAAAAUCCAACUCAUGAGAUGGCUUAAGGCCACCUCGGUUGCCUCCCUCGAGGAACUCCUCAUUUCACAAUACUUGGAUCCACAUGCUGCAGCCAGGGCAAGAAUUCAGCUUGAUAAAAUCAAGCGCAGCAAGUGGACGGACUCCAUGAAAAGCCUGCAGACCUAUCUUAGUAAGAUGUUCGCUACACCUGGAUUGGAACUAACUGCUCAAUUUUGCUUGGAUGUGGUCAAAGGCGCGGUUCCCACUAACUUUACUAAUCGCCUGGGCAGGGACUUCAUUGGUUACACUGACGGGUUCGCCUUGCUGAAGGACAUAGUCAGUCUUGAGGCUGUAGACUUCAUCACCACAGCAGACAGCAAAAAGCCCAUGGGCGGCAGACGGUUCAAAGGCAGCAACCGUUUUGCUGUGCAUGACCUGCUGGAGGCCGAAAAAGAAGUCGAUGCAGAUGACCCCACUCUUGGUGAUGACCAAGAACAGGACUCUGAUACAGCUUGUGGGURCAAGGUCUUCUCCAAGAUCGAUCUCAAGUCUGGCUACCACCAGAUUGAAGUCGAUCCUGCGGACCAGCACAAGACUGCGUUCAAAACAUGCGAUGGACUUCACGAGUUUACCGUAAAGCCCUUCGGUCUCACGAACGCACCGGCCACCUUCCAAAGCCUCAUGGACAAAGUCCUCCGCGAACAGAUUGGCCGGUUCGUGGUGGUCUACCUCGACGACAUUCUGAUCUUCAGCAAGUCCAUGGAGGAACACCUCAAGCACCUUGAGGAGGUACUGACCAUCCUCAAGAAGACGCAACUUCAUCUCAACUUAGAGAAAUCUGAGUUUGGGAAGGAUAGUGUCAUCUAUCUUGGGCACCGGUUGUCUGUUGCAGGCCUAGAGCCUGAAGCAACCAAGGUGGAGGUCAUACGCAACUGGCCUCAGCCCGUGAACAUUCGCGAACUGCGUUCUUUUCUUGGUCUCGCGUCAUACUAUCAGAAGUUUGUGCCCCGGUUCUCCAUUGUUGCGCUGUCGGAGCAAACACCCUUACAAGGGUAUUUGCUCAUGAUCUUGCAUAUGAUACAAUAUCAACGCCUGUCGCCGUGCCGGAGACAGUCUGGAGUAAAAAGUGAGAAUUUUUUAUGGCUUGGUGAUGUGAAGCAAACUUCUCGACCAUUGAGGCCGAGAUUUUUUUUGGCGAUCAUGUGCAGUGAUACGACGCAUACGGCAACAGGUUGUGUCCUGCCUGCUGUGGUCUUGGUAUGUUGCACAUCGUCGUGUAGUGGAGCGAGAGAGAGAAGGAAGGGGUUUUCAACAAUCUUCACGCUGUUGCGAGGACAUCUGGAUGCAGUAUAUGAUUUAACAAUUAGCUAUUCUCAUGAGAAUGAACUUGGACGGUUUCAAGUACUUACAAGCGCUGAGCUUGGCACAUCAUGCAUGUGGAAGGUGAGGGCUCGGCACAAAAGGAUGCCCAGAGGCUGCUCUUUGCCUGAUUGUCUGAUGCAAUGCACCCCACAAACUCAAGUAUGCAAGGGGAUCAUCUACGUGGAAAGGACUCUUGCAAAGCUAGAGUGGAGCGUAGCCUUCCCAGCACUUGCAGGAUUAGCCUCUGUAAAGUUCUGUGGCCAAAAACAGAGGCCGCUGUUUGCGUGAUUGUCUGAUGCAAUGCAACCCAUAAACUGCACAUAUAAAUGGGGAUCAUAUACUUGGAAAGCACCAAUGAAAGGAUUUCAUGCUG